CUACUCAACAUUUUUCUUUUCUUUAAACGAGAGCCAUAUCAUGAUAUCAAUGCUGAACAUCCAAACGCGGCCUAACACUCAUCGCCACUGCCCAGGCUCCUUCCUCAUAGGCUAAAACCUUCAGCUGAAAAAUACUUUCAAUCUCAAUCGUCCUCUUGAACUCGGGAAGAAGUUCAUAAAGAUCAAUUCAGAGCGCGGCCUUUGGGUUUGGACAUGAUAGAGAUGACAUGGAUCAGCGCGUUGUUAAUCGGGGCAGCUUGUUUCGUAAUCGGGUGCCUAAUCGGGUCACGGCGUUCGUCUCGUGGGUCUGUUCGUUCGUCGGAUAAUUCGAAAACCAACGACGGCGUCAGGAAGAAGACUGCUCGGAGCAUACAGCUUCUCGAGGUCGAGAAACUUGCAGAUAUCAUCGAUGACUUUAAGAUGGUUUUGGUUGUGAGGAAUGACCUAAAAAUGGGGAAAGGGAAGAUUGCUGCCCAAUGCAGUCAUGCCACUUUGGGGCUGUACAAGAAAAUCCUUAACCGAGCACCAAAGUCCUUAAACAGGUGGGAGAUGUGCGGGCAGGUUAAGGUUGUCGUGAAAAUCGAAAGUGAAGAUGACAUGCUUGUUUUACAGGAGAGGGCGAAAUCUCUAAAUUUACCAGCACAUAUUUCAAUUGAUGCCGGUAGAACACAGAUUGCUCCAAGUCCAGCUGAUCUAGUCGACGAUGCAAUUGAAACUAUCAGUAAUGCUAAGGAGCCAACUGUUGGCUCCGUUAUGGAGCCAACAGCCAAUGGGAUAACUCCAUGUGGAGCUAUCCCACAUAGCUCUAAUGUAGGACAGUCCCACAUGGAAUUGUCUCAUUGGCUGUUGGCUCCAUAA